CGCUGGGGGAGGUAGGCCUCACGCACGGCACGGCAAAGGACAGAAGACGGAACAGACAAGUGAAAACAAAGAUGUCAACUGCACCACCCAAACAUUGCAUGUUGUGAUUUCAAGAUGCGUCGCGGCCGGACUGUGUGCUGACGGAGGGUGGGUCUGGUCGAUCUGCGCCCCGUCCCGGACCACCCCGGCCCGAGCGAAGGGAAGGGCCCAGCUCCAGGAGUGUCCAGGAGGCUCCGGUCCGGCUCCAGGAGUGGGUGUGAUAUGGUCCUCAGGACUCCAGCUCCAGCCGGCGAGAAGGACGCCAUGGGUGGUUCCAUGGGCCGAGCCCAUUCCGCCCGAGUCCACAUAGCGCUUAUGGGAUGCGUCCUUUUGUCUCUGGGAGUCAAUUCUCUCGUCAUCUCGGCAGAAGUUAGCAGCCCACCUGAAAUAUUAAAUGUGUCCAUUCCCAACAAUACUGUUGUCUGUGACAAUGCCACAUUAGUGUGUCAAGUACGUCCUGCAUCAGCACGUGUGUGGUGGUUUUCUGGAGGAAAAAAUAUUACAGAGUCUAAUGCCAGGAUUAUUGUUGAAUCCACUCCUGAUGAAAAUGGUGAAACAGUGAAUGCCACACUACUUAUAUCCUGUGCCCAAACAACUGAUGCUGGUAACUAUACUUGUUUUGCCUUGGGUACAUCAGAAGGAGAGGCUUCUUUAUCUAGUAAAAAAACAGUAGUUCUUGAUGUUGGAGUGCCUGCGGAAAUAGUCUCUACAAAAGUUGGUCGGGCUAAAGUUGGGAAUGAAGAAACUCUUUCAUGUUCAAUUCGAGGUCACCCUUUGGGUCCUAUUGUAUGGCAAAAGGGAAAUGAUACUCAAUCUCCUGAAGAACUGAAGGAUGCUGUGGAAACAAAGUUUUUGAAUGAUUCAUUUGCUGAGACCACUUUGAAAGUUCGAGAUCUUGUGCGCCAGGAUAAUGGAACUUACUUCUGCAAAGCUCAGGGGCCCUCUGGUGAAGCUGUGGCCCUAGUGCCACUUUAUGUACUCGACACUCCUCUUGUAAGUAUUGACUUCUUCAAGGCUGUGGGAUCUACAAGGAUAUUUCUUAACUGGACUGUAAGUGAUGGAAAUGAACCUAUCCAACAGUACUUUAUGCAGCAUAUGAAAAAUGGAACUGGGUCUUGGACACACUACAAUGAGUAUGUUGGAGGGGGCAACACAAGCCAUGUUAUGAGCAACUUAGAACCUAAUGCUUCAUACAAAAUACGUCUUUCUGCCAAAAAUUCUAUUGGUACGGGAAAUGUUAAUGAGCUACAAAACUGGGUUACUACAUUAAAUGCAGAUCCUGUGUUUACUCCUGAGGUAUCUGUAAAAGGAGCCACACCAGAUUCUAUAUCAAUUGGGUGGACAUUACCUCCUGUGCCAUUGAGGGAACACAUUCAUUACUACACAUUAGUGCUUAGUAACAACAAGACAAGAAGAGAAGCUAUACACCCCGCAAUGAAUAUGAAUGUCUUCAUGUUCACCAGCCUGGAAUCUGCAACACUCUACCAUUUCAAAGUAGCUGCAUGCAGUGAAUUCACAAAACAGUGUAAUGAUUGGUCAAAACCAGUUGAAGGAACAACUAUGGAUGGGCUUGCAAGUCCCCCAGAAAACGUAACUGUAACGUGUAAAUUUGACAAUGUGAGCUAUGCAAGUUUCGUAAUGGUUAGUUGGGCACCUCCGUUGCAUCCUAAUGGACACAUCACCCACUAUAAUGUUCAUUUAUUUGGGGAGGCAAAAUUCCUUAGUGAGAAAGGUCUUCCUGAGUCAAUGACAUGGGGCCCUAAGGUGAAGAGUAUUGAUGCUAAUAUGCAUUCUGCAAGAUUUGACGUUGUUCCUCCCAACACCAAUUAUACAGUCAGUGUAUCAGGAGUAACAAGAUCUCGUGGUGGAGGUGCAGAAGCAACUCGCCACUGUAUGACACCCCCAACAAUACCUGACAGAGAAAAAUUGAAUCGUAUCAAUUGGGGUAAAAUUGAGGAGCAUGGCCGCUGGAUGUUUAAGUUGUACCUCCCUCGAAUUACUGAGAGGAAUGGACCGAUUUGUUGCUACAGGGUAUUUGUUGUGAAGCUGCCACCUAUGCGUAGUGUUUCUGAUUUGCCAGCACCUGAGGAAUUUCAAGUGUCCACGUAUCAAGAAGUCCAGAGGAGUCCACAGGGAGGAGCGUAUUUAGCUGAAAUGUUUGAAAGCCUUCCCAACACAGAGGUGAUUGUUGGGGAUGGUCGGAUGGUUGAGGCCAAUAAUACAGGUGCUUGUCAGAGGUGUAUGGGUCUGAAGAGAGUCUCACCUAGACCCACUACUCCAAAACCAGUGGAUUCUGAAACUUCACCGCACCUUGCAUAUAUUCCCUCACUUAUGUCAACCACUCAAGAACCACCUGUACCUAUUGAAGAAGAGGGUGAGACUACUUUGCAGCCAUCUACCCCAGCAGUUAGCGGGUUGCGAAGGAGACGAUCAAACAAUGAUAUAGUAAUUGAGGAGUCAAACUUAGAAGCAGUGACACCACCCUCUUUACCCGUUCCGGAAUCAAAUGAUACAUUGCCUGUCCAUGAUGGGCAGUUGGAUAUGAACAGCAAUUAUACUGGAUUUGUUGAAGUAAUUGUUCUAGGCAAUCAGAAAUCUAUGAUCCCAGCAUACAGUGGCUAUUUUAUUGUCCUCAACCCUGGACCUCAGGUUUUACAAGCAACGGAAUCUACUACUAUCGUUAUGAUUUUGCAGGUGUUAUGUGCGUUGAUGCUGGUAAUUCUAUUCCUGUUAGCAUCACUGUGCCUUCUUCAGCGCUACACUAAGCAAGUAGCGGAAUCUCAGGGUGUUGAAAUGAAUCUUCGGACCUCCUUCCGCCAUUUGUAUCGCUCCCUUCGUGGCCGUCAUGUUUUGGUGUCCCAGCAGCCACCUGACAUGACACCUAUUGGUGCUAGUGACCUUCCAAAUGCCUAUGCUGAAAGACACAAAGAUUCAGACUAUGGAUUCCAACAUGAGUUUGAGAUGCUACCUGAUCGAUUCCCAGAUAGAACUACAGUGGCUUCUGAGACUCGAGAGAAUAUGUACAAAAAUAGAUACCCUGAUAUUAAAGCUUACGAUCAAACAAGGGUAAAACUUGCCCAAGUUGAUAGCGUAUUGGGCUCUGAUUAUAUAAAUGCCAAUUUUGUUGUUGGUUACAAGGAGAGAAAGAAAUUUAUUUGUGCACAGGGACCUAUGGAAGACACAGUAUCAGAUUUCUGGCGCAUGAUUUGGGAGCAACAUCUUGAGUUAGUACUAAUGCUGACAAAUCUUGAGGAAUACUCUAAAACUAAAUGUGCUAAAUAUUGGCCAGACUCAAAGGAGACUAAGUCAUUUGGUGAUGUUUCUGUGACUCAUGUCUCUGAAAGAAAGUGUUCUGAUUACAUUGUGAGAGACCUCAAAAUGUCCAGAGGGAGUGGUUCUGAAACCAGGAAAAUAGUGCAAUAUCACUUCCUCAUGUGGAAAGAUUUUCAAGCCCCUGAACAUCCUGCUGGAAUUCUCAAGUUCAUCAGAAGAAUGAAUGAAGCAUACUCCUUGGAAAAGGGCCCCAUACUCGUUCAUUGCAGUGCUGGUGUUGGCAGAACGGGAACUCUUGUGGCUCUUGAUUCUUUAAUACAACAGCUUAAUGAUGAAAAACAUGUUGCAAUUUUCAACACUGUUUGUGAUUUAAGACACCAAAGAAAUUUCCUGGUUCAGUCAUUGAAACAAUAUAUAUUUGUGUACCGUGCACUGGUUGAAGUAGCACAAUUUGGUGAUACUGAAUUAUCUUUGGCCCGAUUGAAAUCAUCGGUUGAAAAAUUAAGGCAACGUGAAAAUGGGCAAACAAAGACAAAGAUGGAGGAAGAGUUUGAUAAAAUUUGUGCAGUGGUUGAGGAGAAAAAAACAUCUAACUUUGGUAAUGCCGAAGAACAUUCGGGGAAAAAUCGUAGUGAAUCCGUGAUUCCUUACGACAGGAACCGAGUCAUUUUGUCACCACUUGCUAGCAGAGAGCAUGCAACCUAUAUCAAUGCUUCAUUUAUUGAGGGAUAUGAUAAUUCAGAGUCAUUCCUCAUCGCUCAAGAUCCCUUAGAAACAACUUGUGCAGAUUUUUGGCGUAUGCUCUCUGAACAGUGCAUCAGCACACUAGUAAUGCUCUCUGAUAAACGACCAACAUCAGAAGAAAACAAUAGUGGCGACAAUAGUCGGAAAUGUUUUCGAUAUUGGCCAGAGCCUGAUGAUGAAACAACUUACGACCACAUCAGAGUAAGAUACAUCCAAAGUGAGAGUUGUCCAUAUUACACAAGAAGAGAAUUUAGUGUUACAAAUACCAAGAACAACGAAAAUACUUCUGUGACACAAUUUCAGUACCAUGGUUGGCCAACUGUUGAAGGUCAAGUACCAGAAGUUACCCGUGGGCUAAUUGAGUUGGCAGAUCAGGCACAGAGCCAUCACUCCACACAGUUAAAUUCAGGCAGUACAACUGGUCCUAUAGUUGUGCAUUGCAUGACGGGCUCAGACCGCAGCUCUAUGUUUGUGGCUCUUAGUAUUUUAGUGCAACAACUGCGCACAGAGAAAAAAAUUGAUGUGUGCACUGUUGCUCGCAAAUUGAGAUCACAACGACCUGGCAUGCUUCAAACUUUUGCGCAAUUUGAGUUCUUACAUCGAGCCAUUGUCAACUAUGCUGACCUCCACAACCUCUCUGAGAAUGAGUGCAAUGGAACCACCUGACAAGACGCCGGCGCGCCAUUGGCUGCUGCAGCCCUUGGCGCGUCUGCUUCGUCUACUUCUCCACCUGCGUCUGCAGAGUGGCAUGCUGGCUCUGCAGCUGGACAUGCCCCUCCAGUGCCAGAUAGACCGCCAAGUCGAGCUCGUAGCAAGUCCCUAGGCCAACUUCUCAUUCCAUCAAAACUCACAUUGUCAGCACAGUUGCCAGUCUAAGAGGUAUCUAGUCAUCUCUCCUUUACAACUUUUGUUCCAACAUGCUCAGCCAAAACAUAAGACCAGGUCUCAUAGUCAAAAUCACUUACCUUGCUGAGCAGUUGGAAACUGAGCCAUGAAUGAGCCAUUCUUGUAAGGUAAGGUAUAUCUGCCUAAGAUUUAAUGAUAUAUGUGUGUCCCAUUAUGGCUAAAAAGACUUUUAAGGUGGACAAUUUUACAAAUUUUAGGAGAGAUGUAUGCAAUAAGCUUUAAAGCAUAAUAUAUUUCUUUAUUUUAGGUAACUGGGAAUACCUAUAAAAGUCUAGUCUGUGUUGUCAUUCAGUGUGUCUAAAAUCUUUUCCAGUCAGUAAUCGGAUAUUUUUAAUGCACAUGUUCCUACAUUUGGCCAAAAAUCUUAGGAAGGGACCACCAUUGUCAUAAGUGUGUGUGUGUGGUCAUCUUACUCUUCUUUUCCUUUCAAGCUCAAACUUUAUGUAAUUUACACGUUACUUGCAUAGACCCUGUUAUUUUUUCUUUUAAAAAGUCCUAAUGAAUUCAAAUUUAUAUUUCUGGUGUCAGAUAUGAUUUUUUUUACACCAGUUGUACUGUUAUCUAUUUCAAAGUGAAGAGUGGUACACGCUCUUAGUAAGUCCAUGACAAAAUGGAAAGCAAUACAUAGUUCUGUUAAAGAAGAAAAUCAAACAUUAUCGCUGCUAGUGGUUGCAGUUUGUGUAAGUUUACAAAUACCUUAAGGCUGUAGGUCUCUUUGAUUAUCAAGUAUAUUGGAUUCCUGUUCUGUUAACUGCUCAGCUCCAACAUCUUUCUUUGUUGUUACAAGUUCUUUCCCCCUUAUACCUUGACAUGAGGGGAAAGGAGUGUGUGCAGCUGGAAUCAGUAACCCUGGCCUAUACCUAAUUUUUGUAUCUAACUUAAUAUUUCCCUGCAUUUACCAUAUGGUAUUUGCAAUUCUUUGCAAUGUUUCCCAUUUACAAAAAAAAUUGUAGCCAUCUUUUUAUCCCUAUUGAACUCCUGAUUGGGUUCAUGUUUACUUAUACGUGGGUACAGUAGCAAACAUCAAUAUUGACCUUUGACAACUGACAGGUUUUUUUCCUUUAAAUUUUAACAUAUGUAUGCUACUUUUGGAGUCAUCUAUAUAUCUAAAGUGUGUUCAAUACCCUCAACUGGUUUGAGUUGGAUGGGAAGUACUGGUACUUUCUGUGUGGGCCUAGAAAGCUUAAUGUAAGGUAUUUUACCCAGUGAUUCUCUUCCUCUUCUAAAUUGGCUUUUCUAUUUACAAUUUGGAGCUGCUUUUUGACUGAUUGUCGAUUUUAUGGUUUAUUGUUUAGGUAGAAUAUGUAUUGUUAAUGUAGACUCAAUAUUGUUUAUGUUGUUAAGAAUGUUUGUGUGAUAUUGUGGCUACAUUGUCAUAGUUCAGGAAACACCUUUUCCCUUGUGAGAUUAUUAGUGUGCCGUCAUCUAUAGACAAAGUCAUUACUGCCAGAGAAAGACCUGUAUAUUGAUUCAAUCUAGUUUCCUGUAUUAUGGAACAAUGUAGCCAUAUUAAAGUCUCAAGGCUAGGACAUUUUAUUGGAGGCCUUUUUUUCUUCAUUUGCUCUUUGUACUCCUAUGUGAAUGGUGUGUAAUAUUGAGGACUAUACACAGCCAAAGAUUUGUCCGUAAAAAAAACAAAAAACAUAAUAGUCUAGUGUAUUGACUGGCCAGUGCUAGACACAGAAGCUCUUUGAUCCUGUUUUCUGUCUUGGUACAUUUUUGCAAGUCUACUCUCAAAUUUGUGCAAUGAGCUCUUAUGCACAGCGAUUCAGCAAAAGUUGAAUUAGUCCCCUGCAGACUAGGAUCUAUUAUGUGAAAGUCAUUUGUCAUGUGUUGUGGAAAAUGUGGGCUUGUAAUUGUACUCCUAUGAAUUAAUUUUUUUUCAUAUCAUGUAUGACAUUUUAUUUAUUUAUCAUUUAUCUUAAUCAUCCACAAUGCCAGUGAUUGCAUGUUUUGCCUCUGCGCGUGAAGCAUUUGUAAAUUGUUUAAAAUCUUGCUUAUGUAGUUAGUAGUAUUCAUUCUUAUGUGUCAUAUGACUAGUAUUAACUACCUACUGGCAAUGCUGAAAUGCUAACAUUAGAUACGUACUGAAAGAAUAAGCGGACUGUUACAAAUAGUAUGUGUUAAUGGAAUUUUGCUUUAAAUGCCAGAUUGGUUUUGCACCAUUUAAAUGCCAUGACAGCAUUUUACUACCUGUGCAUCAGCAUCAUGUCUUAAUGUUGAUUGUUUCAGAUGGUUGUGAUUUGACACACUUCAUUGUAAGUAAAAUUGCUUGUGUUCAUCAGUUGAUAUUUCUCUGCGUUAUUUCUGUCAUAACUGAUUUUUUAACUUUACACUUUUACAAUCUUCUCCAAAUUGCUCAAAACAGUAUCGAGUGAAGGGUAGGGUCAUAUGAACUGAGAUAGUUAUUAUAUGGUCCUGGACUUACUUGUAUAGAUUAAAAAUGUUCUUUCAUAUGUGGUAUUGAAACUCAGUUUUGUGUAUAGAUUUGAUGUACAGUUUGUACAAACAGCACUGCUUUCAUGAUAAAUUUUAAAAUAUCUGCUUAAGUCUGUUGUGUCAAAACUUUAUAAUUUUGUAUAAAGAAUAUUUUGUUAGUUCGGAAGGUGUACUUAAGAUGUUUUAUAGGGUGAAACAGCAGAAAGAAUAAUUUCAAAAUUACCAUAGGUUCAAAUUUUGAUUUAAAUACUAUGCUAAGAAAACCACGUGCAUGGAAACAGGCUGUUACCCAGUAAUCAUUGCAACUAACAUUGUCCAGUAUAAUAACACUGUUUUUCUUGUUCUUUCUAAGUUGUAAUUGUGAUAUUUUUGAUUGAACAUUAUGGAUUUUAUUUCUUUAUGGCUUUUUCUGUAAUCAAGUCUCAACAUUUGGGUUCUUAAUGUCUGAUACAAAUACAGUUUUUGUAAAUCUGUUAAUUCUCUAGUAAUAACAAUGUCUAUGAUCAAAACUGAUUUUACACAACGGUUACAUUUUAAGGUUCAUCAUUGCUGUUUAAAUUGCUCUUAAAAUUUUAUAUAUUAUCUGUUUGGCAUGCGAUGCUUUUCAUUUUCAGUCAUUCUUAAUCGUUCUGUGAUUUUUAUAUUACUGAUGUUUGUGUACAUAUGGUAUGAAACCUAAAUCCAUCUUUUUUAUCUUUUUUUAAACUGGUAAAUGUUGGUAUAUGUAAUCAUAUUCUGUAUGUACCUACACUACCAGUCAGAAGUCACUUUGAUAGUCUAAAAUAUUGUUUAUUGUUUUUCUCUCCCUAAAUUCCCUUAUUGACUAGGUCGAUGAGAGCCAUAAAUUUUGUGCUGUCAUAAGAUAAGUCUGUAUUGUCAUGUAUGUACUAUACUUGCAUAAGGGCUAGUAUUCAAUCAAUGUAGGAAUUACAGUUUCAAGUCAUUUGAAUUGACUUCUAGCCUUAGUGACUGUUAAAUGAUGACUAUCGUACACCUCUGCCAUUUGAAGUGGUAUAGUCUUCAUUAUCAAACAAUAUUUGUAUUGCUGUGCUGUUCAGUAUUUCAGCUGAAUCUCAAUAAUAAAGGUCAAGAUUCAUUA